AUGUCAGGCGGUGGUCUCGCCGGAAACGGUUCUCUCGACGAUGAGCUAGCGAGGAGCCACGUGGUGAGGCUGCGCGGGCUGCCGUUCAGUGCGACGGAGUCGGACAUUAAGUCCUUCUUCGACGGGCUCGACAUCGCGCCUGACGGCAUUGUCCUGCAGCUUAACUACCAAGGUCGAGCGACUGGCCAGGCCUUCGUUCGCUUCGCGGACGCCGAGAAUGCGACCAAGGCCCUCGAGCGUAACAGCUGCUCUCCUAUACCAUAUCAUUUCCACGGUCCCCGCGAGCGGAUAGUGCGGUGCUGUGCGGUUAGCCGGGAUGGCGCAAUGGAAUGGAGUGGUGGCGUGGUGGCAUGGCCUCGUGUGGAUUGCGUUGCAUGCAUGCGCCGUGGAAUGCAGGGGGCCUUGCGGAUGGCGGGCAGGGGCGGUGGUGCUGCUGCUGGUCCGGGGGCGGGGGCGCCUAAUAUGGGCAUGGCGGGCAAUAUGGCGGCGGCAACAUCUGGGCUGCUUGCGGGUGGUGCUGCGGGGGCUGGGGUGCCAGGAAUGGCGGGCAACACGGACAUGCGCUACAGCGGCGUCAUCCGCAUGCGCGGCAUGCCCUAUAGUGCGACGUCGGCGGACAUAGCGGCGUUCUUCAAGAGCAUGCAGAUAGCGCACGACGGCAUCUUCCUCUGCUCGCACCCCGACGGCCGCGCCACCGGCGAGGCGUUUGUGGAGUUUGCGAAUGAGGAGACGGCAGCGAGGGCGCUGCAGCUGCACCGAGAACCCAUGGGCCACGUGCGCUCACAUCCCCCUCUCCUCCCCGCUCGCUCCCCUUCUGCUCAGUUUCUUCCUUUUUCCCUCAUGUGCUUCCUCCCUCGUCCGCGCCUCUUUUCCGGUCGUGCUUCGCGCUCCCCGCAUGCCAUGCGUCGUAUUGAUCCCUCCCUCGUACCUCUCCCCCACGCCCAAUCCUCGCCCUUUGUCUUUUCUCAUCUGCUCGCCUGCUUUUGCCCCUCCGCCUCUCCUGCUCACCCCUCACCUCUUUCCCCAUCGCCCCACCCCUCUUCCCCCUGCCUCUGCGCGCGCCAGCGGUACGUGGAGCUGUUUCGGAGCACCAAGGGGGAGAUGAUGGCGGCGGUGCAGCAGCGCAUGUACUCCAUGUUCCCGCCCGUCCCCACCUUCAUGGGCCCCGUACCGGGAAUGAUGGGCUUCGGAAUGCCCAGCCUGGGCGCCGCCAACCUCGCCGCCAUGCACAUGGGCGCGGGCGGAAUGGGGGGCGCAGGCGGAAUGGGCGCAGGGGGGAUGGGGGGUGGAGGCAUGGGGGGACCAGGAGGUCCCGGGGGCGGAAUGGGCGCAGCGCAGGCAGCAGCAGCGGCGUCAGAGAACGUGUGCAUAAAGAUGCGCGGGCUGCCCUUCAGUGCAGGCCAGGAGGACAUUCUGGCGUUUUUCGAGGGGUAUGAAGUGGUGGGGAACGGUGUGCACAUUAUGACGGGGCACAACGACCGGCCUACAGGAGAGGCGUUUGUGGAGUUUGCAUCGUCGGAGGAGGCAGGGCGGGCCAUGGAGCGCCACCGGCAGCACAUGGGGAAUCGUUAUAUUGAGCUCUUCCGAGUCUCCAAGAGGUGGUGCGGGUCUCUUGUUGCUGCUGUGCGGCACCUGGUGGGUCUGCUGCCUGGCAUCUCUCCCCUUAAAGCCAUGUUUGUGCCUCAUCUGCCUUGUGUGUUCCUUGUUCUGCCUGGUGUGUGUGGGGCGGGGAGCAGUGAGGCGCUGGUGGCGGUGCAAGGGGGGUCGUUGGCAGGGUUCAACAUGGCGGGGGCGUUGGAUCCCAACAUGCAGCUGCUGCUGCUGCAACAACAGGCAGCAGCAGCAGCAGGGUCGUUUGGCAUGGGGGGAUGGGGGGGCGGCAUGGGCAUGGGAGGGGGGGGCGGAGACUUCUAUGGGCGUCAGGGAGGGGGAGGAGGGGGUCAGGGCUAUGACCCCUCACAGCAGAACUAG